GGUGCUGAAGAAAAGGGAGAAGAAGGAUUGACGAAGGGAAGGAAUGGUCCUUGCGCUUGAGAUCGGAGCCAGCGCAUGGUAGGAAUGAACGAUGAUGAUGAAAGAUCACCCGGAAAAGAAUAAUGAAGAUAGUGUCAAUGACUUGAAGAACUCCUGUUUCUCGCUGGCUUUACAAGUUUUGGGGAUUGUCUUCAGUCUCUUGGGAUUCAUUUUGCUUCGGCCUGUUCUCUGGUUCCCGUUUACACCCGUGCAAAUGCCAACGUCGCCAGGAAGCCACUGUGGGACGCGGACCCGGCGCUGCCUAUCAUGGAGGGGAACAAUCUUCGUCUGGACAAUCGCCGAUCGCGCCUGUAGCAAUCAGUCCUACCGAGGACCGUCCCGUGGAUUGGUUGCGCCUUUUCGCAGAGGAUUGAGGGGAAAGUAUCCGCACGAGUGAGCUCUUGAUAAGUUAAAUUGAUGAGUUAAACUAAAAGCAGAGAGGAAGGAUGAAGAUAAAGAUAGAGCGACAGCGGAAGCAGAAGCAGGAAACGGAGACCGCUGACUUUUUUGAGGUGUUGCGGGUGAGCCGAAGUGGACUAUUGAAUGAGCGCAAAGUUUCGGUGUGGGCAAGAGACAACAACAAUAGUCGGCGUUGCAGG